AUGUGGGGUCACACUGUCUUUUCUUUCCUGUCUCUCCGACACCCUCUCUCUCUCUCUCUCUCUCUCUCUCUCUCUCUCUCUCUCUCUCUCUUUCUCUUACCUUCCAUCACCAUUCCCACCUAAACCAUUUAUUGUACUCAAACACCCAAAACUUAAUCUUCAAAAUUCGCGAAACCCUUUGGCUUUGUUUUGCACAAUUGAUCAUCAAAAUCAGAUUUUUUUUUCUGUUGUGAGUGGUUGUGGUAGUGGUGGGUCGAUGUCAACUUUGUCUAAAGAUGAUAACUUGGUGCUCUCUUCUGAGGAUUCUUCAUGCCCAGAUGAAUCUGAGCUUGAAUUGGGACUUGGGUUAAGCCUUUCUCACAACCCUGCACCUCCAACAAAGUCACAUCAUCAUGCUAGAAUCUUCACUGCUAAGGAUUUUCCUUCUUCAGCAGCAGCAUCACCAUCCUCUUCUUCCUCCUCGGCCAACGUUACAGCUGGGACCAAGAGACCUGGUGAUUCUCUUGUUGCUAAUAACCGUCCCAGUCAGGUAGUUGGAUGGCCUCCCCUUCGAACAUAUAGAAUGAAUAGCUUUAACAGCCAUGUAAAAUCAACUGAAGCAUUCAACUCUAUGGCUGAGAAGACUAAGAGCAAUAAUACUGUGGUAAGGAAGAGUGCUGACAUUGGCAAUGAUGAUAACAACAUUAAUUUCAAAGAAAAAAGACACCUCAGGAGUUCCCUGAUGGUCAAGGUAAAUAUGGAUGGGAUACCGAUUGGAAGGAAGGUUGAUUUAAGAGUUCAUAGUGCUUAUGAAACCUUAGCACAAACCUUGGAGGAUAUGUUCAAUGCAUCAACUCCUUUCAUAACUUGCAAAGGAUCAAAUGGGGAGGAUCAUGGCAUUAUUAUUGGAGGAGAAAAACAUUCGAAAUUGUUGGAUGGAUCUUCCAAGUUUGUCCUCACUUAUGAAGAUAAGGAAGGAGAUUGGAUGCUUGUUGGAGAUGUUCCUUGGGGGAUGUUCCUUAGCUCGGUGAGGAGGCUAAGAAUCAUGAGGACAUCUGAGGCUAAUGGACUUGGACCAAGAUUGGAAGAAAAGAACUGCAGACAGAAAAGCAAGCCCAUAUAGAUAUUGUUUUCAUGGCUAAGGAUAAGGAGAACUUAUGGCCUUAAGUGUAACACAAAUAGAACAGGAAAAACAGAAAGAAAAUUAAAGGAAUACUGCAAGUAAAUGGAUUUUGAGAUUUAAAUGAUCAAACCUUGUUUUUUUUUUUUUUGCUUAAUGAAUCAGUGUCUGUUUGUUUAACUUCUCUUGGUUUAUUUGUUACUGCCUCUCUAUCCCUCAUUACUUGGAGGGUGCAGGCAUCAUAGAUAUUGAUGUAAUAAUGAUCAUACAAGUUACACU